UCUGCGCUUUCCCCUUCCGCCUAUCGCCGCCCAUCGCGCCACCAUGAACGGGCAGCUGAACGGUUUCCACGAGGUGUUCAUCGAGGAGGGCACUUUCCUCUUCACCUCCGAAUCCGUGGGCGAGGGGCACCCAGAUAAAAUCUGUGACCAGAUCAGUGAUGCUGUCCUGGAUGCCCACCUCAAGCAGGACCCCGAUGCCAAGGUGGCCUGUGAGACGGUUGCCAAAACUGGGAUGAUCCUGCUGGCGGGGGAGAUCACCUCCCGGGCCAACGUGGACUACCAGAAGGUGGUCCGGGACACCAUCCGGCACAUCGGCUAUGAUGACUCCUCCAAAGGUUUUGACUACAAGACAUGCAAUGUGCUGGUGGCCCUGGAGCAGCAGUCCCCGGACAUUGCCCAGGGUGUGCACCUGGACCGCAGCGAGGAGGACAUUGGUGCUGGUGACCAGGGGCUGAUGUUUGGCUACGCCACGGAUGAGACAGAGGAGUGCAUGCCCCUCACCAUCGUCCUGGCGCACAAGCUCAAUGCCAAGCUGGCCGAGCUGCGCCGCAGCGGAGCCCUGCCUUGGCUGCGCCCUGACUCCAAGACACAGGUGACAGUGCAGUACAUGCAGGACCGUGGGGCAGUGAUCCCGAUCCGGGUGCACACCAUCGUGAUCUCGGUGCAGCACGAUGAGGACGUGUGUCUGGAUGAGAUGCGGGAUGCGCUCAAGGAGAAGGUCAUCAAGGCUGUGGUGCCCCCCAAGUACCUGGACGAUGACACCAUCUAUCACCUGCAGCCCAGCGGCCGCUUCGUCAUCGGCGGGCCCCAGGGUGAUGCAGGGCUGACAGGCCGCAAGAUCAUCGUGGACACGUACGGGGGCUGGGGCGCGCACGGCGGCGGCGCCUUCUCGGGCAAGGACUACACCAAGGUGGAUCGCUCGGCCGCCUACGCCGCGCGCUGGGUCGCCAAGUCCCUGGUGAAGGCUGGGCUGUGCCGCAGGGUGCUGGUCCAGGUCUCCUAUGCCAUCGGGGUCUCGCACCCCUUGUCCAUCUCCAUCUUCCACUAUGGCACCUCCCAGAAGAGCGAGCGGGAGCUGUUGGAGAUCGUCAAGAAGAACUUUGAUCUGCGGCCCGGGGUCAUCGUCAGGGAUCUGGAUCUGAAGAAGCCCCUCUAUCAGAGGACCGCAGCCUAUGGCCACUUUGGUAGGGACAGUUUCCCUUGGGAAGUGCCCAAAAAACUAAAAUACUGAGGAAAAAGCAUUGUUAGGGCUUUUCCCCCCACUCCUGCGGGCGUAGGUUACAGAGAAGCCCGUGGGCUCUGGGGGAAAGAGCUCCCGGUCCCUGCACCCCCCCGGCUCCCUGGCCCCACCAUUGUCUCUCACCAUCGUUUUGGUUGUGUGGGGACCACGUGCCUCUCCUGGAGCCCCCCCAUCUCCCCCCAAAUUCCUCUGGAUGGUAAUUAACAAAUCUGUCUUUACUCCAAGCUAUGAAAUGGAGAAAAAGGCCCAAGUGCCCUCUCUCUCCUAUGCCCCCACUGUUGCAAGGGCCGCCCCAUUUUGGGUCCCAGCAGUCCUGCUGUGGGGGCAUACCCCAUUUUAUCACUCCCCAUUACCCCUUGACCCCAAAUUCACUACAUCAGUUUGGCUCCCACUGUCCCUGCCGUCCUGCUGCAGGGGUGGGGGGGACACACAAACCCCUCACUCUGGCUCCCUGUGUGUCCCCCCACAAUCCUCAUUCCACUGGGAGGAUACUCAUUCUGGCUCCCCCAGUCCCACUGGUGGGGAAGACACUCCCAUUCCACCUCCCCAUCCCCUGGGACCUCGCUGGUGCUUGGUUUGGUUCUUAACCCUCAUUUUUAGCCUCUUUUUGUUCCAAUAAUGCACAUUUUGGGGGGGGACACGCUAAAACAGACCCCCAACCCCCCCCCUGAGGGUUCGGUACCAGAGGAAAACAUUUUACAUUCUUUUUUUUUUUUUUGGGUUUUAAUCCAAAAGCUGAAGUGACUCCCCAACUGCACAAUCCCUCCACUCCCCCAACUAUGUCCGGAUUUUGGGGGGAAAGGGGGGGCAUUUGGCGCUUGAUACUUGAAGGUUUGGUGUAUUUAUUGUGCGCCGAGGCGGGGGCGUGAGUACAGAGAAGUCCCCGCGCUCAGCCGGCAGCUCCUGAUCCCUGAAAGCCCCCCCUUCCCCUCCCCCCGCCCUCCCCCCAGCCCCAGCAGUUUGGGGUGAAAAGGGGGGGGAUUGGGUUUGUUGGAGUGCCGGGGGUGCCCCGGGCGUGGCGCUGGUGGCUGGUGUGGUACAGAGAAGCCGGCUUGUUUACUGCCCGCCCAGGCUCCGGUCCCCAGAGUGCCUUGGGGAGAGGUAGGGGGGGCUUUCUCCUCCCCUUGAGGAUUUCUUUUAUUUUUUUUUUUUUUUUUUCUUUUACUAUUUUCGGGAGGUUUCGUCCAAAUGUUUUAAUCCACUGAAUCCAAAAAUGAAAUCAAAAAGGAAAAGAGUCUCAAUAAAAGUGAUGAGUUAGAUGGA